CCGGCCGCACUGGAUAUACCACUCAUUAAGUCGUAAGUGGUAACCGCUUUGCCACUGUUGAGAGUUAGAUCCAUUCUCUCUCUAUUAACCGAUCGAAGAAGCAACAAGAGCGAGGAGAAAGAAAGCAUCACGAAAACGAAAUCGAAACCGAAACGAACCCACACCACUCUCACAUAGAUCUCUUUCUCUCUAACAACACUUUCACAUUCUCACUCAUCAUCCAUUAAUGGCUUCUUGACCAGAAAUAUCUGUCGUAAAGAUUGUUUGGAGAAGCAAUUGGAUCAUAUGAGGUGUUCACUUGGUUGUAUUGAUUAUCCAGCUGUCAAUUCAGAUGUGCAAUUUUUGCGAGCUUGCUGUAAUAAGGAAAUUUCCAGCGGAGUCAUUGAGGUAGACCUGGUGAGUCCAAAUUAUUUGAUGCGGGGGAGUACCGUUCUGCAGUUGCAUAAGCUUGGCAGAGGUGGAGACGGGCCAUCAUGGCUGAACGAGAGGAGAUUGAGCUUAAAUUCCGCAUAUAUGAUGGAACUGAUAUAGCGCACAGGACUUACUUACCAUCUACUACAGUUGCUACCCUUAAGCAAAGGCUAAUUACCGAGUGGCCUCAAGGCAAAACAGUUACGCCAAAGUCAGUAAAUGAUGUAAAAAUUAUACAUGCGGGCAAAGUUUUGGAAAACAACAAAACUCUUGCGGAUUCCAGAAUAACAUUUGGUGACAUCCCUGGUGGUGCUAUUACCAUGCAUGUUGUAGUGCAACCUCCAUUAGUUAAAAAGAAAUCAGAAAAGAACCAGGAGAACAAGCAAAAGAUGAAUUCAUGUGCAUGCACCAUCCUUUAGUUAGGAGGCAUACCUUGCGGCUGCCCCUGAAGAUAAGGUUGCGUUUUUCCUAUUUUUAUCUCAGCCUCUCCGGUUGUUGAAUUGGCAGUGCGCUAUCAAGUGGCAUUGCCUUCUGACAUGUUUGGAUUUAUCAAAUCUUUGUUGCUUGCUUUUUUUUAUGUUCAAUUCAUUACUAGCCAUUGUCUUUGGAGUGAAAUCAGAUGUUAUCAUUGCAAAAUUCUGACCUCAACGACCACAAUAAGAGUGUAGUAUUGGAGGACAUAAAGCCUUGGCCACGAGUCCAUAUUAGGCCACUUCGUAGCAUUUGAUGAAUAUAUGUUGUUUGGAAAUGUAUAAUUUGACAUUUUAUACGCUAUAAAUAUCCAGCUAUUGAAGCACCAACUUACACUUCAGUCCUAAUCUUUAUCUUUAUUUAUGGAAGCAAUUUCUAAAUUGUAACGUGUAGACUACUUUGAUAUUGAAUAGUGUAAGUUUAAUUUACAACCAAA